UUGACGCGGACGCACGGCUGUGUUUUACAAACGCGAAAGUGUUGUGUUACUUGUUACAAAAAAAUGCAUCUAAGCUCAGUGCAAGUUCUAUGCGCGGCUCUGGUGGCGGUGGCGGCGGGCGCUGCGGCGGCGCCCCAGGCCUCCACCCCCCACCACGUGGCCAGGCGCUCAUUCUUCACUCUGCAAUGCAAGGGGGUCUACGACGCGGCCAUCUUCGCCCGUUUGGACAGAAUUUGCGAUGACUGCUACAACCUCUUCAGGGAGCCACAGCUGUUCACGUUGUGUCGGGCAAAAUGUUUCACCACGCCCUAUUUCAAGGGUUGCAUGGAGUCUUUGUACCUCUACGACGAGGAGGAACAGAUAGAUCAGAUGAUCGACUUCGUCGGGAAACGCUAAUGCAUACACUCAGCCCAUUUCGCGCCAACUCUUGACACGACGCCAUCUUGUUAUAACACAACCGAGUGAAAACGCCACUACAGUAAAGAACAACGUACAAUCGCAACGGUAUAUCACAAUCGACCGCUUUGCCAAAAAGCAUCAAAAUGUCAAGUUCCUCCGUUUGACGUUUGCUUGCUAUCCUCAAAGUAUUCUAGUCUUCGAUGCAACAUAAAUUAAUUUAUGUUCGCUACUAAUUAUAAUGUUAUAGUAAUUAAAUUAAGGACAUUUAUAGUGUAUUUUUAAAGAAAAUGUACAUUUGUGUUAUUACGUGCUGUAAGCUUCACAGCUAUGGAUAGUAGGGUAUUUUUAAACAUUGUUUAUUAGUAGAACACCUCCUAGGUAUUUAAUUUACAACGAGGCAGAUGUAAAACCUUCCGAUGCUGGCCAUCCGUCUUCAUAUCUGUCUCAGGAUAUCCGACUGCGACGCUAAUUUCUCAUUGCAUUCCAAUCACAGUAUUUAAAAAUUACUUACGCUUUUUAAUCUAAAUUUUGUCUAUCGUUUGAUUUGUAUUAUUGACUAUUAUACAAUUUUACAGGACGUAAGACUGUAGUUUUAUUAUAAAUCACUAAUAAGAUUUUUUAAUUAAAGUUCUUUUUCUUUAAUUGUUCUAAAAUUACAUUUAACAAUAAAUUAUAGAGAUAAUUGUAAAUAAAAUGGUUGAUUUCCAUUUGAAAGUUCGCAUAUCAUCAAAACAACUUAUUUUAAUACUCAGAUGGGAAUUUCCACAAUUAUAAAGUAUGAUUGUAAAUUUUAAUUUUGUAUGUCCGCUAGGAUAAAAAGUAUUUGAUUUAGUCAAUAAGUAUUUAUAAAGAUUUAUUUUUAUAUUCUUCCGAUCUAUUUAUUAUUUGUUAUUUUACGAUUUUAUUUAUUGAGUCGUGUUUCACAUCGCAUGAGAUUACCAGUGGUACUGCGGGCACUCUCAUUUUAUGUAUAAGUUGCGGUUUAUACUUAUAUAAUGUUUGAUAACUCCGCUCACUCUCCUCCGUGUUCGAAUCUCACCUUUUUUUUAGUUUUUAGCGUUUCUUUCAUCACAAUUUUCGGAUACUUAUAUUAUAAUUAACACGCAUAAAUAUUAUUCAAGUCAUUUAACAAGUAUAUUAAACAAAAAUGGUGCCAAUUACGUCCCGAGACACUAGAUAUAAUUAUUAUAUAAUGUUUUAGAAAUGUAUAUGAGUUUAUAAAAGUGACAUUAUUGUAAAAAGAAUAUUAUCUAACGUUUUAGCCAUGUAUUAACCAAUUUGUGUAAAUUUUAUACAAAACAGCUAAGAAACGCU